GGCGCCGCGCUAUUUCAUAAAUUCCUUAUUUUAUUCAAAAGUGUAAUUAAUGGAAGAAUCCGUUCGAGUUUGUUUGGAACCCAAACCGUACUUGGAACCUGCCUUCACCGCUCCGCAAUCCUGCGUACUCUGGUUGAACGAAACAGCCCACCGAAAACGCGCGCUCUCCGCCGGAACACGCGUGAUCGGUCGUUUGAAAAAUGGGCGACGGUUUUUGUGGUGUCUCGAGACGAGCGUGGACCGGAAUUCCUCCCACCGAGAAGGUUACUUCGCGGCAGAGGCGAUCGAACCACCGGAAACUGACGACCACGAUCCAGACGGCGAGAGAACGCUCGUGGAGAUCGUGCCCGUUUGCGAGAAGAUCGACGAUUUUGAACGGGUGACGUUCGAUCUUUGGCUAGAUCUUUCUCGCCUCCGGCUGGAGCUGAUGCUGGAGAAGGAUAGUUUGAAGCAACUGCUGCGGACACUCCUCGUACGCUCGUUUUUCUGCUGCGGUUCCCGCAUCAACCUGAGCUGCGUCCGUGACCGUAAUCUGGGACUGAGCGGAACUUUCGUGAGAGAAGCGGUUGGAACAUCCCGAUACGGAUUUCUAGGGGUAGGAACGGUUAUCGACAUCGGCGAUAUUAUAUACACCCCCGCAGAAGCCAGUGGAAAGCGAAGAAAAUCUCUCGGUGGACUUGAGAGCAUCCGCGAGCAGUUGGCAGCGGCGAUCGCAAACCGAUCCUCCGUUCUCAUUUCAGGUCCGAGCGGAACGGGAAAGUACAGUCUGGUGAAGUCGCUAGCAGUGGAGCAAAAUUAUCCACUUUUCGAAGUCCGAGGAUUGCACUUUGUACGAUCAUUGCCCGGUGAAACGGAGGCUGAGCUACGCAGAACCUUUCUACGGUUGCGUCACUUUGAGGAGCUGAUCGAAACUGACCUGCCGAUUCUUCUGCUAGUCAAAGAUAUCGAUAUGAUAUGUCCCAAGGUUGGUCAAAAGAAAGGAGUGGACAAUGCCAAUAUUGCUCGCAUUUCGUCACAGUUCAUAUCGUUGCUCGAUCAGUACGCCAUAUCAUCGAAGAACAUUAUCAUCAUCGGCACUACCUCAAGCAUCGAAGAUCUCGAUCAUCGGUUACGCAGACCGGGACGGCUAGCGAAGGAAAUCACACUCGGGAUACCUUCUAAAGAGCAACGGAUUGACAUUCUACGCGCUUUUGAAACCAACGCUGGAGGUUGUUCCUGUUUCACAGCAGAACAACUGGAAGAUCUAGCGAGCAGAACCACCGGAUACGUUGGUGCGGAACUAGAGCUACUCUAUCACAACGUGGCCCGUGAGAUGGAUAGCAAACGAUGUUCAUUUGAGGAGGCACUAACGGAAGCACAAAAGAAACAUCGACCAAGCAGUCUUAAGAAUGCGAUCGGAUUUACUGGUUGCUCGGAUGCCGCCACGCUUUCCCUCGACUCUUUCGGUGGAAUGGAGGAACUGAAAUCGCUACUCCGGUUGUGCAUUGUGGAGCAGCUGAAACAUCCGGAACGGUUCCAUCGGCUCGGUAUCCAUCCACUGAAGGGUAUACUCCUGUACGGGCCUCCGGGCUGUGCCAAAACCACACUCGCCAAGUGCCUUGCGGCCGAAUCGGGAAUGACCUUCCUAUCGCUUUCGGCCGCUGAAAUCUAUUCACCUUACGUGGGUGAAGCCGAACGACUUAUCUCAACAGUGUUCAACGAGGCCCGCAUGAACGCUCCGGCCGCCGUGUUUCUGGAUGAAAUCGAUUCGCUUGUCGGUAAUCGUGGAACGGCAGGUAUGGCAGGAACUGCGUCUGCUGUUAAUAUGGGUGUCCUCUCGACGCUGCUCCUCGAAAUGGAUGGCAUCGGGCAAGCGCAACAGUCGGCCAGUGCGCUGAGUGCCGAUGCAAAUCGUGUCGUUGUGUUAGCAGCUACCAACCGUCCGGAUAUGGUCGAUGAUGCGUUGCUGCGUCCAGGACGAUUGACGAAGCUGAUUCACAUCCCUGCGCCGGAUGAAGGAACAAGACUGUCGAUACUACGGAAGAUUGCUGAGGGCAUCCCGUUAGCACCGGAUGUUGAUUUGACGCUGGUGGCAACGCGUACCGAACGGUUUUCUGGAGCUGAUCUGAACAAUCUGUGCUCCCAGGCGGCACUAGCAGCGGCAACGACAAACCUAGAGGCUACGGAGGUGACGAUGGGCAACUUUGAAGAAGCAUUUAAAGAUAUUAGACCAUCGCUAACUCAAGAGCAGAUCGAUUGGUUCUAUAACUUCGAAGCAAAUAAGCAACGCUAGCAGCAGGGAACGUUAAACGAUUUUGUUAAUACGAAAUGUUGUACAUAAAUGCGUUCUGACAAAUGUUUGAUAAAUACGACUAAUGUUUCAUUUUUUGUAUUCUUUUCAUAUGUAUGUUUUUAAGGAAUUUCAAAUAUCACCCGGACCGCACGGCCGGAACACAUAAAAAGGUCGCUUAUGUCGGUUGUGCGGCU